UGCGCCUAUCCGAGUUGCCCGAAGUGGUCCGAAGUGCCGUUUGACAUUUUUCAGAGAUCGGAGAGGCCAUCGGCGCGUUAGGACACGCAAGAGCUGCGACGCGCUCGCUUAAAAGUGCCAACAGGGAGCGGAAUUCGAGGCGGCGCGAGUCCGGGAGUAGAAGACCCGCGGCCGAGUGUUGUGCAUUGUUGUGCGCGUCCAAGAAUGGAUCGCAAGCUCGCGUUGGCGCCGUGGCUGGACCUCGGCAAGGCUCGCGCGUCCCGAGAGUAACACCAUGUCGGAUGCGAAAAAACGUGCCCUAUCUCGCGGUGACGCGUCUUGCGUUCGAGCUGCUGUUUGUAAACUUCUGCUGUCACCCAUGGAGAGCUCUUGAGACUCCCUGACAAGGGAACAUGGAGGUUGUGGGAGACUACGAGUACAACACGAAGGACCUCAUUGGGCAUGGGGCCUUUGCCGUCGUCUUUAAGGGCAGGCAUCGGAAAAAAGCAAACUUUGUCGUUGCCAUUAAAAGCAUCACCAAGAAGAGUCUGGCCAAGUCGCAGAACUUGCUCGGCAAGGAGAUCAAGAUCUUGAAGGAGCUGACAGAGUUGCAUCAUGAGAAUGUCGUUGCUCUUUUGGAUUGUAAAGAAUCGAAUCUUAAUGUCUUCCUGGUUAUGGAGUAUUGCAACGGAGGGGAUUUGGCUGAUUACUUGGGUGCAAAAGGGACCUUGUCCGAAGAUACGAUCAGAGUAUUUCUUAAGCAGUUGGCAGGUGCAAUGAAAGCGCUGCAUGCCAAGGGUGUCGUUCACAGAGACCUUAAGCCACAGAAUAUUUUAUUAAGUCACACCUGUGGUAAAGCAUGUCCGCAACCCCAUCAGAUUACUCUGAAAAUAGCGGACUUUGGAUUUGCCCGAUUCCUGCAGGAUGGCGUGAUGGCGGCUACUAUGUGUGGCUCCCCAAUGUACAUGGCCCCUGAAGUUAUCAUGUCAUUGCAGUACGAUGCAAAAGCCGAUCUUUGGUCUUUGGGAACGAUCGUGUUUCAAUGUCUGACCGGCAAGGCUCCUUUCCAAGCUCACACCCCUCAGGCCCUCAAAUUAUUUUACGAAAAGAACGCUAAUCUUGGUCCUAAAAUUCCCCCGGGCACGUCUCCAGAAUUAUCGGACCUGCUGAUGGGUCUCUUAAGGCGCAACGCAAGAGACAGGAUGCCUUUCGACGAGUUCUUUGGACACGCUUUCCUUCAGGGACCCAAAGAGAAUCCAAGCGCAGUGCCCACAGAGGUACCUGCUUCCCCCGGAGCUCUGGCAAUACCCGAAGGAGCUGCAGGAGUUGCCAGGUCGGGCCACGAAAUAAGCAGUCCCUGUUCGAGCCCCGAGGAUGACUUUGUCCUCGUUCCCAGUGACCUGAGCAGUGAUACGGAUAACAAUCCUAAUGCGCAACAAGUGAAGUACAGCAAGCAGUAUAGUCGCGAGGCUGCGAGUCCUCCGCGACCUUGUUUCUUGCCAAUCUCGGAACCGAUACCGGUGCCAACGCAGCGGAGCGUCGCUCAGCCUUCGUCCCCUUCGGCUAAUGCAAAGUCGGGAUGCAGCGACGUGCCGCGCUCUCAGCCCAUCAGCAUGAAGCGAAGCGUCGACUCUCACAGGAGCCAUGCUCCCGACAUCGGCUCCCUGAGUCCACCAAGUGUCCAGUUCGUUAUAGGCACCCCACCUGGUAGGAGGUUAAGCGAGACACCUCCACCACCGAAUACUUGGCAAGUAAGCCCCGUAGCAAGGCAUUCUCACACCUCGAGUGGAACCUCACCAUUAAGGCGAUCCACCGGCACGACGAGUGCAUCUUCGCCGUUGCUUACUGGUCCCCUGGCAGUUUUAGGAUCGCCCACUACGAGGGCUCUGCAGGACAACAACAAUACUUUGCGACACUCGCCGGUAAUUCCUUUCGGCACUCGAGCGGUCACACUCCCGGAGAUCUCAGAUGAGGAUACCUACUCAACGUUCAAGUAUGACAAACGUCGAAUAUGCGAGUACGCGAGCGGGUUGAAAACACGACAGGCGGGCAGCUUCCAGAGCCUCUUCCCGGAGGCGACCCUGGGGCUGACGGAGGAUCGCCCGUGGACGUUCAUCGCUCCCGAACUGCCCGAAGAGACGCUGCUCGAGCGGGAGCACAACGAUAUCCUGGCCAAGCUGAACUUCGUCGUGGCGCUUUGCGAGUGCGUCUGCGAAGUGGCCAGAAGUCGGGCCGGGCCUCUUAGUGCUCCUCUUGGAAGCAUCGAACAGGCCAGCAACGCGGCGACGAGGAGAAGGGCCGAACAAGUCAUUCUUCUUGUAAGGGCCUUGCAAUGGCUCAGCUCGGGUUUGAGUCUGGCGACUCAGCAGUUAAAGGCUGGCAGACUACAGCCGACCACUAGCGUUAAAGAUGUGGUCAGUACGAUGAAUGACAAAUUCAGGUCGUGCCUCACGGAAUGCAAGCAGCUCAACAGCGCCGGUCUUCUGAGACAGACCGGCUCGACGGCGGAUAAGAUCCUUUAUAAUCAUGCUAUACAAAUGUGUCAAUCGGCAGCGCUUGACGAGCUCUUCGGCAAUCCCGCGGAGUGUUUCCAGCGAUAUCGAACGGCGCAGAUCCUCCUGCACUCGUUAUCGCAACACGUUAAUCACAGUCAGGACAGGGCGCUUCUGAUCAAAUAUAAGGACGCAGUCGAGAAGCGUUUGUACGUUUUGCAACAACAAGGAUAUAUUUACGCGACGGACCCCACGUAGCGUACAUGCAAUAUAGAUCCAGAAUGCAGCCUCCUACUCGAAUCCACGUUGCAUUCGGUAAUUUUAUCUUAUAGACAUGUAUAAGAUAUCAACAGAACGAGAAGGGUAAGACAGCGAGACGGCUAACGUUAACCUGUUCGGUUGUUUUGUCGAUUUACUAUGAUUCCUGACCUUUGAUUAUAGGUAUGUUGUAACGUAAUCAUGGUCGAUUAACUAACUUUUAUUUCGUAUCGAUUAAAUAAACACGUGUAUACUAACGGAA